UUCCGAAGGAAUUGGGAGCACCUUCAGCCCCAGAGAUGUCACAGACUGCUUCGUAUAAACUCAGUUUCAUCACCUUACCUAUUUUUCAACUUUGCCUUUUCUCCUCAAGAAUCCUGCUGCUUGCCUUUGACUCCUCAGGGGGUGGAGCAAAUGAUUUCCUUCCUGGAUGGGGCAGUCUAUGGUCAGUGUACAAGAGUUGCUGUAGCAACCCCGCAGCUGUGCUCUGCCUAGCAGAAAUUCGGGAUCAGAAAAUUAGUAAAUGCAAACCAUGGAUGAAAGUUAUAAGAUUGCUUCCACAGAAAGGAUCCAGUUGUUGGAAAAAGAACUGGCUGUACAAUUGACAGAACUGAAGUCUGAGACACAAGAACAGGGGACUCUUCAGGGGUCAACUCAUCGAGCUUACAGGUGGCUGAGUCAAAACCCCUUGUUAUUCAAGCAGAUGUCAUGCAGAGGGAGCUAGAGAGCUGCCUAAGGAGAGAGUACACUCCUGAAAAUUUACCUUUGCUUCUGUUGCAGAAACAAGUUGCCUACAUUAUGCAGGAGUACAAUGUUGCCCUUCAGAGAGCUGAUAGAUUGUCUGUUGCAGGAGAAAACUUCCUUAUGGGAAAAAACAAUCCUCCUAACUUAGUGGCACAGGAAGACCUGACUGUUUACACAAAUUAGUUAUUGUGUCACCUACCCUCACUCAAGACUAUUCACCACUACCUGCAGGCCCUCCAGUAUUUGCCCAUCUCCAAAGUGCUGAGUGUAGCUGUUGAUGAAGUCCCCAAUGUUGGUCAGGAAAAUGAAAAGGUCCCUGUCAAUGACAUUGACCCUAACAUCCAGGGUUCUGUAUCUCCAGGCUCUAUGAAUACCAGCCUUUCAGGGCCAACAAGAACAGAAGCUGCUUUCUUUCUGCCCCAACACACAACAGAAACAGAAGAACUGAAACCUCAGCUGAGGCUCCUGCUCUCCCAUUUCAGUAUCCCAUAUGACAUGGAAGAGCUAAGGGAUGCUUCUAAGGAGAUAGAACUUUUUUCCUUGGUUUCCCCAAAAUUUCAAAGCAUCUUCAUGGAGCAACAGAGAAUGCAAACAUUUCCAGAUUAUGAUGCUGAGAUAGCUAAAGUGGAGAAUUUGGGUUUGGUAGGACCUGGUAUGGCCUUGAAAAAGAGAGCCAACUGGAUUUCCUUUAUAAAGAUUAAGCCAAAAUGUGAUCCUUGGCAAAAGAAGCUUUUGACCAAACUAAAAGAACGGAGAACAGAUGUAUUAAUGCAACUCCAAGCAAAGUUUUUGAAGAUUUCCAACCCUGAGAGAGUAAUGCAAGUGCUCCAAGAUCAUGCUGCAAAAACAGUCUCGCUGGCUUCGUCUCAUCCAACAUUUGUGGCUUCCCAGGGUUUGCAUCAGGGCAACUAUGACCAAAUCUGGGAGACUAUUUAUAGCAACAUCAACCUCUACCAGAAUGAAAACAUGAAGGAAGAUGAUCUUUCAGUGGAACGAGAUGAAAAUGACCCAGCACAAAUAAGUCUUAGCCAGUGUGCUAAUGAGCCUGUCAAGCAGAAGAAAGAGACAGGGUACAGUUAUGCAGUGGCCCUACAACUGCUGGGCUUGGAUGACGGGACUGGGCCCAUUGAUAGAGAUCCUGUCCUGAUGAGGGGGACCUACUUGUCCUUUCUGUAUCUGCGCCACCUGAGGAUCAGGGAGCUGCAGCGCAUCUGCUUAGGAAUUCUGAACUGUUUUAGAUCUGUUGAGCGAACACUGACGAUCAACACUUCAGGCCUUACCUUGGUUGCAGGGAGUCCGGUCCCCACCUCAGAAGAUAGUUUCUGGGUAAAUGUGGCAAAAGGAGGCGUGGGCACCUCGCAAGGCCUAAGCGCUCACCACUAUGCCCAUGGGACAUCUGCCGAGCACAAGGUCACAAAGAGGGCAGCGAGUCAAAUGUUGACCAGGACUGGGGAUGGGCCCAUGCAGGUAUGGACAGAUUUGCUGUGCUGUAUGACAUGUGGACUUGGGAAGCAACUCUUCUAGAAAACAAGCGCCAGGUAUUUUUACCUAGAAAACAAAACAUCUAUUGAACAUUCUUAUAAACCCCAAUAUACUUUUUUAAACCCAGUGGGUCUUUUAGAGCAGUUCCCAAUAAAAUGAAUAAUUAUUUAAAUAACCUUAGCUAGUUGUAAGGAUGUGAGUAAUAAAUUUUACGUUCUUUACUGUGGUUCUUUGUUACAAAAAAUAAAAUGUGAAGGAUAUGACUUUAUCAUAAGGGAAAUUUGUUAGAGGGCUGUAUAAUUCAGGCCCUUUUAUAAUAUGUAUGCUUUUAUCGAGAAUGAAUGAUGAUUCCAUUCAUGUUCAUUGUCCUGUCAGGGACAAGCCUCACUUUGCUAAACACAGACAAACUGACUGACCUUAUUAUGGCCUUUAGAAGGGUAUGCCACAUGUGGGUGGGUGAGAGCAGUUGGGCAAGGAUUUCCAGAAUGGAAAUAAUAGGAUUUGAAGACUGGAUGUUGGAGUGAAAGAAUGAGGGUGGAAUUAAAAUGACUUCCUCGGGCUCAGGGAGGAGGCUGUUAACUGAAACAGAAUGAAAGAGGAGGAGCCUCUUUAGAGGGGAAGGUAGCAUUGAGUCUAGGACACAGGUGUGUGAGGAGAGUUUGCUAAAACCCAGGUGUGAAUGUUUUGCGGGAGCUGUAGGUUUGAAGCUCAGGAGCAGGUAUGAGCUGAAGUAUGAAUGUGGAAGUUGAACCAUAGUAAUGAAUCGAAAUGACUAGGAAAAGCCGGAGAUGCCUGAAAUGGGUUCCUGGGAACACUUACAUUUCACGGGAAGGUCAUGGAACAGGAAUCCAUGAGAGGAACAAGAAGGAGGAGCCAAAGAGACUGAAGAAAAAAAGAAAGGGAUAGUGUUAGGAAAGCCCACAGGAAAAAAACAUUUUAAUUAGGAGAGGAUGGUUUCCUGUGUGGACGUGAAACAUCAAGAAAGGUGAGUCCUAAAAACCAGACAGUGGGGUCAGCCAUCAGGCAGUCAUUGCCAGCUUUGUAGGGCUCUCUCAAAAGCGUAGCAGAGAUGGAAGCCAGUUACAGUGCAUUGUGAUGUGGUCGGAGGAUGAGGAAGUGGAAAUGUUUUCUUUGAAUUGUUUUUCUAGUAGAGUAGAGGGUUUACCAUUUCAUCUACGCUCUGGUCUGUUACUCAUGGAGAUGUAGGUCACCCACUUUUGAAAACAACUGGCUGGACUUAAAGGGUGCAAGCCUUGGCCUUGAAAAUUGUUCCUCUUUUCAAAGACAAGUGGCUUCUAGAGUUUGCAUCUGCAAACUUGAUCUGCCAAACAGAACCUUACUGUGAUCAGCUGAGUAAAUGGGAGAUUUAGACUCAGUGUAGAAACUGGAGAGGCUGCAUUAAACGUAAAGUAAUACAGAAUCCUCAAACUCGACAAGUUUAUUGGGCCAGACAUGAGUUUUAAGCAGCCCCCCUUUUCUGUACUCUCCCCACCUCCACUUUCAGUUCUUCUAGGCCUUUUAUGGAGGCCCCAGGCAGGACUCAAUGGCAGAGAAGAAUAGAAAGGCAGAGAGUAAUAAAAAACAAAUUUCUUCUUACUUUGGCCUAGGGUUCAUUCUGUGCUAAGCUACCAGGGCUGUCCACUGGUUUCUUCUGUGGUAUGUGAAAUUAUUUUAACUUAAAACAAUCAUUGAAAAUAUCUCCCUCCUUUCUACCCCAAGAAUGUGUUCCCUAUAGAAACUGAGCUAUCAGUGCCCAAAACUGGAAAAUGUGGCUUUCUAAAUCAGAAAUUGUUGAAAGGGCCUAAUUUUAAUGGAUAAACCAGAUUUUUAUCUAAAGUACAACUGAUUUCCCCCAGUACUGAUUCUACUGCCAAGUGUCCUCAGCUGUUUUUUAUUGUUAACUAUAUUGGAAUCACUAAAGUCAAGAACUGUUCAAACACAUUGGCUUGUCUUAAAUCCUUAAAGUAGCCAUAUUAUGUAAAAGGCUCAUAAAAAUAGAGCUGGUGUGAAUUUAGGUGGAUUAAGAGACUCAGAAGCUGGGCAUCAGCUGUGCCAGUUCCUGACAUUUAUACCAACUGCUAAUUCUCUCCACAGCCACCAGAGGACACAUUUUCAGGGUAAUUUGAAUUAGUGUUUAGAGCACUAAAAAAAGGCCAAAAAUUCUGUGACAAGAUGUGUCUGACACUGAUUUUCUGUUUUGCACUUUCAUUUGACCUAAAAUACUGUUUUUAAAAGUAUUUUAAGUCCAAGAAAUAAAAAAAGGCUGAGGUAAAAAAUAUAAACACAGUCCGGUUUGAGAUUAUUCACUUUUCUAUUUUCUCCAAUGUUUGAUGCCUACCGUCAGUGUGCACCACGUAUUACUUUGCCUGAGAGUUGGCCCUUGACAUACACAGGUGACAUUUGACAGGCUAGGAAGACUUCUUAGACAAAUACCAGCCCAGAGUUUAAAUGGAAAUGGGCCAGUUAGCAAACAGAUAAUAAAUAGCAACUGUGAGGCAGAAAGAUCACAGUCCUACCCCUACUAAGAAAGAAUUCAUAAUAAAAUUAUGCAAAGGACCAUCUGAGAGCUUUUCAAGGUGGAGGGCAAAGCUUGAAAAAGGCUUGUCAAUUUAAAAAGAGCCACAUUUUCCUUCUCAACAGCUAGGGUUGCCAGGUAAAAUAUGACAAUAUUGGGGACAUACUGAAAAAGUAUUGAUUGGUUAUCAGCAAUUCAAAUUUAACUAGAUGACCUGUAUUUUUAUUUGUUAAAUCUGGUAAUCCUACCAACAACAAAGUGAUAGUGGCAAUUUAGCACCAGCCUCUGCAACCUGGUAUCACCAGAUUGGAAUCACCAGCAAGAACCCUUACCACAAACUUCCCCUGCCAAACAACCAAACAAUAGGGCUUAUUGUACAAAAACAGGUCAAGGCAAUACAAAUACUAUAAACCAGCUCCUGGGAUUGCCCUGGCCCAGCCAAAAAGGUUUAAAUUCGUCCAGAAUGAUUUAGGGAAGUUAUUGUUUCUUUUCUAAUCUUCCCCUAGGCUAUUGAGUGGCACCCUUCUUACCCCAUCACUCCUUCGUUUCUGCUUUGUCUUCUGCUAUUUAAUAACUGAAUGCUAUUCUAGAGUAGAGCCCUGUGGAUGGGAUAAGGUCAUUUAGAUCACCCUGCUUGCUUCAUUUUCCCUGGGGUUCACUUAAAGGCAAGGGAGCUGCACCUUCAUUUCACACUCUGAGCUGUGUGAGUUUUUAACCUGUGGAGCACAUUCUGUGUCCUAAGCUUUUAGCCUCUUCUGGUGUUAUCCUUUUUAUACUGAGGUUGACCCGAGGCCCUUUGAACCAAUGUUUCCCAAAGGGCAUCCUGCAAAACUGGAUGCUAAAUAAAGUGCCCCAGGCUCUCCCUGCUUGAGCCUUAGCAUUGAAGCCCUCAGACACUGGACUUCUAUUACUAAGGCAGUAUUUGAUUCCUAGUCUGCUAUUGAUUUUCAAGUGUUUACCUCCUUGGGAGCUUCAGGAGUUGUUAG